UUCGGAUUUAAAUUUAAUAUGAAAGCAAACGUGACCGUAUACUUUCUGUUUGCACUGUGGAUUUAUGGUAAAACCAGAACACGUGGGUGCUAAAGCAGACUUAAUCUCAUGACUGCUGACAGUACACUACAAUAUUUCCUCUCUACAAGGAGGGUGGGGCGCCCUCAAACGUCUCUUGACAACACCAACUUCACUAGCUGGCCAAAACACUGCAGCCAUCUUGCACAGCGCAUCGAGAGUGAUUAAACUCUGAAAUUUGGUUUGUUAGCUUGUUGUAAACCUCGGUAUCAUUCUACCAGGAGUCGCACGUUACGAUUCUGGAACGGAGCAGUUAACUAGAUAGCAUAAACAAGCAAGCGACGAUGUAACAUUUGAUGAAAACAUAUCGUCUCCGGUACGAUGUUGUUCCGUCUCACGCAUCCCCUGGAAUGACGGCUGAAGCCAUUGGUACCGCCUUUUAGAAUGAGGAACAGCCAAUCACAGCUCGUCGAAAUCCCUACACGGAGACGUUAAGUUGUUGUGCGCACGCGCAUGUCAGUUGGUAAAUACCUUACUUCUCACAAGCUCGCAGGAGUGUGAAGAUGGCGGUUGGCUCUGGACUGCUGGAUGAGCCGUUUUUACACACAGAGGUGAAUAAAGCGGUAGUUUGUCAUUCUGCACAGUCUGUAGAGCCACAACUAUCGUUCUUGUGUCACAACAACCACUGGGGUAGGCACGAGACAGCCGGUAAUUACAUUGCUAUAGUUCCGGGACAAGGGGGUAGCGCGAGCUAAUGUCCAGCUGGGACUUGGUCAAGACGAUUGCUGAAGCAGGUAACUGUAACUAUUAAUGCUAUUUUCCUCUUUGUCUCUCCGAGUAUAAAAGCAAGCGCCGGAGCUGAGAGACACAAGUAGAUGUGUCAGAGUCUUGCCCCGUCAUAUUCAAGAUUGUUUGUGCUCCUUCCAAACAAGUUGAAGUGCAGUAGGGGGGUCUUAUCAUAGCGAGGUCCCCAUGAUUCAACUAUGGAUGCAUCGACAGCCAGCACGGAUUCCACCACGGGGCACGACCCUGGCAAAACACAUGUUAGCAGCGUUGUAACAUCUCUCCCUAAUCACCAGGGAAAAGAAGGCUUGUAUUCUGUGCAGACUUUCAAUGGGAGCCAAACUAUGAACUCUCACAAUUCAGGAAGCGCUGCCACUGUCGGAGGCACGACAGUGACAAGUGGAAUUGGUAACAGCGGCGGCACUGCGAUAUCUGUCACGGCUGUCAACAGUGGACCAGUAACGUCAAAAGGACUGGCCAGUGCGAUAAUGUCCCCGUCGUCAAACAGUGUAAUUCAGACUCCCCUCACGAACUCGCAGAGUGUUGUUGCUUCAGUUCAGCCUACGAGCCCGGCAACAGGACCCACCGUGACACUCGCCAGGCCGCCUAUGCAACCCGCGUUGUCGAGCGCAACUUUGAACGGGAACAAUAAUGUGAGUCCUGCUGUGGUUGUCAAUACAACAGGUCAGACAGGUAUCACCAUACAAAACCCGCAUGUAAACAAUACUCAGGCGCCCAGCUCGGUGUCUGUCAGCGCAGGGUCGCACAUAAUCAAGGCAGAACCACCCACUUCAAUAAUACAGUUGGCACCGCAGCCGGCCGUCAUUUCCAGCGCUCCCCGGAUUCCGGUGACGGUGGCUGGCAGCCCAGGCGGGAUCCGAGCUCUGACGCCUCAGAUGUUGGCCCCAAGGCUCCCCCAGACCUCCCCGGGGCAGCCCAGUAUACAUAACAUUCAGCUACCCCCCGGGAUGGUGCUAGUGCGCAGUGAGAGUGGACAGCUGCUGAUGAUUCCUCAGCAGGCUCUGGCCCAGAUGCAGGCCCAGGCACAGGGAGGCAUGGCACCUCGGCCUGCUACACCAACAAACGUGCCUCCUGGCCAGGCUCCUGCAAACACCGUCAUCAGCAGACAAGUGGCUCCCAGCGCCAUCAUCCGUCAGGGCUGUCCAGCUCCAGCGUCGCUCACUGCAACCACCACUCUUCAUAGACCUCCCAUCCUUCAGAGCUCAGCUGGGGCUCAGGUACCAGGAAUGACCCCCAGGACAGUCAGCCAAACAGCUGGGACCACAGUGACCUCAGUAACCAUGAGCAAAGAGACAAUGGAGAAUGUGAAGAAAUGUAAGAGCUUCUUGUCUACAUUGAUCAAGCUAGCAUCCACUGGGACACAGUCAACAGAGACGGCAGCCAGCGUGAGAGAGCUGGUCAAGGACCUGCUGGAGGGCAAAGUGGAAGCUGAGGAAUUCACCAGCAGAUUAUACAAAGAGCUAAACUCCUCACCUCAACCAUACCUUGUGCCUUUCCUCAAGAGAAGCCUUCCGGCCUUAAGGCAGCUCACCCCAGACUCAGCAGCCUUCAUCCAGCAGAGUCAGCUCCCCCAGCAGGCCUCAGCUCCUGUCUCCUCCGCCUCACCCACUCCCAGCACAGUGGUCUUGGGCUGCUCAGCGUCCCGCCUCACAGUUCCAGUCAGCAGGCCCCAGCUCCAGCCAGAAGUUAGCAAACCAGGACAGACCGCCUCACUGGUUUUUCAGCCUCAGCAGCAGAGAGCAAUGUUGAGACCUCAGGUAACCUUAGCGACGACCCCCAUGGUGACUCUCAGGAAUCAGACCCCCAGCCGCAUCAUGCUGGGACAGCAACAGGUCCAGUUUAAAGAGCUGCACCGAGUUGCUGUGAGGCCAGAGGUGCCACCUGUUUCUAAACAAAUCUGUGCUGCAUCCUUGACGCCGGCUCAGAAGAACAAGCUGAAAGAGGCGGGUGGCACUUUCAAGGAUGACGACGAUAUCAACGACGUGGCCUCCAUGGCCGGAGUGAACCUAUCGGAGGAAAGUGCUAACAUACUAGCAAUCAAUUCUGGACUAGUGGGAGCCGUGACACAUUCCUGUAAGGACGAGGCUUUUCUCUCCUGUUCCGUUCUACAGAGGAGAAUGCUGGAGAUUGGCAGGAGGUAUGGUGUGACAGAACUGGGUGCAGAGGUGGUGAACUUUGUCUCGCAUGCUACUCAGCAGCGGCUCCGGAGCCUGCUGGAAAACGUUUCCCAAGUGGCUCAGCAGAAAAAUGUCAAUUUCAAGGAGGAUGACAGUUACGAGCAGAGCAGUGAUGUUCGCACUCAGCUCAAGUUCUUUGAGCAGCUGGACCAGUUGGAGAAACAGCGGAAGGAGGAGCAGGAGAGAGAGAUCCUCCUAAAGGCAGCUAAGUCUCGAGCUCGACAAGAGGACCCAGAGCAGCUGCGUCUGAAACAGAAGGCAAAAGAGAUGCAGCAGCAGGAGCUGGCUCAGAUGAGACAGAGGGAGGCCAACCUGACGGCUCUGGCAGCCAUCGGUCCCAGGAAGAAGAGGAAAAUUCUAGAUUCUCCAUUGUCCUCUGCUGCAGCUGAGGGAUCAGGAUCAGGUCCCUCUCUGUCUGGCGGGGCUGGUUCGUCGGGCUCCAGACCCACACGGCAGCGCAUCACACGUGUCAAUCUCAGGGACCUGCUCUUCUGUUUGGAGAACGAGAGAUUCACCAGUCGCUCCCAUUUCCUCUACAAGGGCUUUCUCAAAUAGGCUUGAUGUCAGAGAGCAGAGGAGAGGAGGAGGAGGAGGAGGAGGAGGGGGGAUGAAGUGUGUGUGUGGAGAGAGCAACAGCUCCCACCACCGAGAGAGCAUAAGAGGCUCUUAGAAAUGAAGAGGAGAACAGCAGCCUGGCAGAUUUCGAGGUCUUUGAGACAUAUGUGAACCUGAAAUACAGUAGUAGCCAUACUGGAUGGCCUCUCUACCUCUCUCCUCAACAUUUCUUUCAGAGAAGUCAUGGACUAAUGCCCCUUUAUUUAUCCUCUACAACUUCAUUUUUGAGAAAGUGCAAAAAUGACAUGUUUUGUGAGGAAGGGUUCUUUUGUACGAACAAAUGGCUUAAUGUACAGUUAUGCACUGUCACACAGCACAUUUUAUUUUCUGAUUGUUUGUGUGCGCAUUAGGCUUUAAAGCAAUGGAAAUAAUGCAUUUGUUUAAUAGACCACCAACUAAUUUUAAUGAAUAAUGAUUGUAUUUUUGUUCUGUCAGUUGCAUUAGUAUGACUUUAUAACCUGCUGAUUUGCCUUCCUAACUAUGAAUAAGCCAUAUAGCCAUCCUGAAGUGAUUAACUCCUGUGUAACCCAUGAAGCAGUAGCUCACUCUGUAUCUAUCAUCUCCAUUACUUUAUUGAUUUUGUUUUGCAGCAUAUUUAUUUACUAAACUCAAGCUUAAAUUAAUGUCUAGCUAUUUAUUUAAUUUCAACAACUCAGUUGUUUUGUGUAGCUUAAAUUGAAAAGAAAAUGUGCAUUUGGUUGAAUAGGAUAUGUUUUAAAUCAGUUUUGACUUUUUGUUGAGUGUAUAGUUUUCAGUGUGUGAUCAUGGGCAAUUUAAAAAAAAUGUUUAAUUGUCCUUUUUAAAAUCAGUUUAACUUGUAUUGAUUUGUGAAAUUUAAACAGUUUUCAGAAAGCAUUUAGCCUGUUUCGCUAUACCAAACGUACAUCUACUGGACAGAUAUCUAUUUUUAUAGGUGCCCACCGAUACACAUUUUUACUUUUUUAAUAGUGACUGACAUUGUCCUCCUGUCUAACAAGCUGGAGUUUUUUCCUGUAUAUUUGUAAAUGUUACACCUCAAGCUUUACACAGUUUUUAUAGAGUGGAGAAUUUACCUAUACAGCAUAAAGAAAAAAAUACAUUUUCUCUAUUGAAAAGUUUGAAUAAAUGAUGAUUUUACAGUAA